GCCCAGGGCUAUAGCUAUAAAGGGGGCAUCACCUGGGCGGGUGGCUCAGUGCUAAGCAGACAGAACAGGACAGGAGGGGCUUGGAAUCUGCCCUAUGUACCAUCCCCGCGAGCUCUAUGCCCCCUUGGGGGCCAGCUACAGGCUUCGGCCCCCCCAGCCUGGGGGGGACAUUGGUUUCCCGGCCGGUCUGUCAGAGGGGUACCGUUACUCAGACCUGGACACCCCCAAAUUAGAUUGUUUUCUUUCGGGUCUGGAGGCUACUCCCCGGCCUCUGGCUGCUCCACCACCCUUGCCUCCAUUGCCCCCUCCUUUGGGAGGAGAGUCAACUGCUCCUGCCUCAGCUUCCGAGGCUUCCCGCCUGCUCCCAGGGGUCAGCCUGAGCCUGGAGAACCAUGAUUUGUGGAAAGAGUUCAACUCUGUGGGAACAGAAAUGAUCAUCACCAAGGCUGGGAGACGAAUGUUCCCUGCUUGCCGAGUGUCAGUGACUGGUCUGGAUCCUGAAGCUCGAUACUUGUUCCUCCUCGAUGUGGUACCAGUGGAUGGGGCCCGAUACCGUUGGCAAGGCCGCCGUUGGGAGCCAAGUGGCAAAGCUGAGCCUCGACUUCCCGACAGAGUAUAUAUCCACCCAGACUCCCCUGCCACUGGUGCCCACUGGAUGAGGCAGCCUGUCUCCUUCCACCGAGUCAAGCUGACCAACAAUACCUUGGAUCCACAUGGACACCUGAUCCUUCACUCAAUGCACAAGUACCAGCCCCGGCUACAUCUGGUUCGGGCUGCCCAGCUCUGUAGCCGACAUUGGGGUGGCGUUGCUUCCUUCCGAUUUCCUGAGACAUCAUUCAUCUCUGUCACAGCCUACCAGAAUCCUCGGAUCACACAACUGAAGAUUGCAGCUAAUCCCUUUGCUAAAGGGUUCCGGGAGAACGGGAGGAACUGUAAGAGGGAAAGGGAUGCCAGGGUUAAGAGGAAGCUGAGGGGACCAGAGCCUGUCAUCAUGGAGACCUAUGGUGGAGAUGGCCCUGGAGGUCCCUGUGACUCUACAUUGGCUGGAGACCUUCCAGAACAAGCAUCUUCUUCCACUGAGAUACCCACACCUCCUUGUGGAGGGCCCAGUGCUGAAGCCUACCUUCUGCACCCAGCUGCUUUUCAUGGGGCUCCCAGUAGCCUCCCCACCAGGGCCUCUUCCUUCCCGGAGGCUGCAGAGCCAUUGUCUCGUUCUUCAUCCUACCAGGCACCCUUCCUAGAACUGUCUCCAGGGAAUGGGGGAUCUGGUCCUGGAUACCCCUCAGCUCCUCCAGCAUCAGCCUUUGCCCCUCACUUCCUCCAAGGGGGACCCUUUCCCCUUCCCUACCCAGCCCCUGGGGGCUACCUGGAUGUUAGCAGCAAGCCCCUCUAUUAAGUCUGAGGGAACAUCUACCAGCCUUCCCUCUGGAGCCCAGGAGACUCUUUGGGGCCAACUCCCUCCCACACCAAAUGGCUGCUUUGGCUUCCUUCAUCUCAGCCAAGCCUACCCCCAACUCAGUUCACACUUCAGCUUUAGCUCACACCCCCCUCCUGCUUCAAAGCCUGUGGAGGUAGGCUUGGGGGUAGACCAGCUGCUCCGGCUUCCCCUUCCUGGGCUCUCACCUGGGUGUGAAUGGAGGGUGGGGGCUGGGCCAGCAGGAGCCUGGGCCUCACCAAAAGGACGGGGUCAGGGGCCACCACCAAAAAAUCAAGGGCAGCAACCCAACUAGGAGAAUGUAUCCUGAGCCUUUUCCCCACUUGACACCACUGUUUGCACCAGUUUACAUCUAUAUCCCCUUACUUCCACGCUGGGACGCAGAGCAGACUAUCUUCACCCCCACUGCCAAAUGGACAGUAAUUAUUCUCUCAAAACACCUUUGGGCUCCAGCCCCCCCCCCCCAAAUAAAAUUUUCAAGUCAGCGUGUGGUGGUAUACAAAUCUUUGCAGAUGGGAAGGCAGCUGGGUUCCUGCUCCUCUAAGGCCAUUUCAAAGGCCUUAUUUUCAUGAAAUGUGCUUCCAUUUCCAAAAGGGAUUCUAAUGCAGGGUUUCCUAUCUUGGUUGCCUCCCAGAAUCCUAUCAGCCAGGUUUGUUU